AGGCCGGCGUCAAUGUGGAAACCGAAGCAUAAAAACCGACGGCUCUGUAGGGUAAAAUACCUGGUGGAUUGUUUCACGAUAAUCGAGGAAAACAGGAAAUAACCUUACUCUGAGAGCACCCCAGAUUUCAAGAGGAGAAGCCAUAAUUGGAAAUCAUCCUAUGGACGAAGAUAUGAGUCGCCAGACUGCCGCAGCGCUGCCCACAGGAACCUCCAAGUGCGCCCCCUCCCAGCGAGUCCCGACGCUGUCCGGCACCACGGCCUCCAACAGCGACCUGGCCAGCCUGUUCGAGUGCCCUGUGUGCUUCGACUAUGUGCUGCCCCCUAUCCUGCAGUGCCAGAGCGGCCACCUGGUCUGCAGCAAUUGCCGGCCCAAACUCACUUGCUGCCCCACCUGCCGAGGCCCCCUGGGCUCCAUACGCAACCUGGCCAUGGAGAAGGUGGCCAACUCGGUGCUGUUCCCCUGCAAGUACGCCUCGUCGGGCUGCGAGGUCACGCUGCCACACACAGAGAAGGCCGAGCACGAGGAGCUGUGCGAGUUCCGGCCAUACUCCUGCCCCUGUCCCGGCGCCUCCUGCAAGUGGCAGGGCUCUCUGGACGCCGUCAUGCCCCACCUGAUGCACCAGCACAAGUCCAUCACCACGCUGCAGGGCGAGGACAUUGUCUUCCUGGCCACGGACAUCAACCUGCCGGGCGCCGUGGACUGGGUGAUGAUGCAGUCCUGCUUCGGCUUCCACUUCAUGCUGGUGCUGGAGAAGCAGGAGAAGUACGACGGCCACCAGCAGUUCUUCGCCAUCGUGCAGCUCAUCGGCACACGCAAGCAGGCCGAGAACUUCGCCUACCGCCUGGAGCUCAACGGCCACCGUCGCCGGCUCACCUGGGAGGCCACGCCCCGCUCCAUCCACGAGGGCAUCGCCACGGCGAUAAUGAACAGUGACUGCCUGGUGUUUGACACGUCCAUCGCACAGCUGUUUGCCGAGAACGGGAACCUGGGCAUCAACGUCACCAUCUCCAUGUGCUGAGGGCUGAUGGGAAGGACAUGAUCACACCAAGGAUGGUCCUGCCGGGCCUGUCCCCGUUACACAGGAAACUCGCAGCCCAGGACAGCGGGUUUGUUGGACAGAUCAAGCGCUUCUCAGCUGUCUGGGAGCCAUCUACUGACUGCGCUUGGUACAUUCAACAAGCCCAUUCCUUGGGUUUCACUUUCCAGAAACUGAUUUCCAGCUGGAGUUAGAUAUGUAGCUAAGGAUUGUAGUAAGGAUAAGUAUCAGUUAUCUUACAGAGGAGCACCUAACAGGACCUCAGAUACUCAGAAUGGACACUCACUAGUGCACAUCGCCGGGGGGUGAAGAUUAUUUUGUAAUUUGGUUUUAUUUUUUCAGGUGGGAGAUGCUGGAGAGAUUACAGAGAAUAAUGAUAAACAGUCAGGACGAUAAAGAUUCCCACAUUUCAGUUUAAAGUGAAACACACUUUUAUGAGAGGUCCGUUUUCUUUGUUGUUUUUUCUUCGUUGUCUGUCCCACGUCGUUACCCUGUGAUAAGUGGAGGCGGUCCUGCCGCCUGAGAGGAGUCCCAAUGAAUUUUGUUUAAACCACUCAACACUUGCCCAAGAAUGGGGCUGUUUAUAUAGUAAUAUUAUUAUUAAUUUUAUUGUUAUUCUAAUUAUCAAUUUUGUAAUGCAUUUUAAGAAAAAGGAAGGAAAUGCUGUUGUAAAACUGUGGCUAAUCUUCAGUUUGUAGAUGGAUUAUUUUGUUCUUCAGAGAUGCUGUUCUGUGUUCUUGUUUUGUACGUCCGUUUCCUCCUCAACAUUGUGACAGAGCAGUGGCACAGCAUGGUGCUGGCCCUGGUUUCUGUCUUCCUAUACCAGUAGUUUUUAUUGACAUUUU